GAUAAUAUUAGAUCUACAUACAUAAAAUACAUAAAGAUAUACAUGAACUCUAACAACAACUCAAUCUUAUAAAAUGCCAGAGAAAGCCCAUGAAACUCCAAUUCCCACUGUUUCUUUCUUUAAAGACACCCACACAUGAUCACAUUCUCACUCCCUUUCUAAUUCUCUCUCUCUCUCUCUCUCUCUCUCUCUCUCUCUCUCUCUCUCUCUAUAUAUAUAUAUAUAUAUAUAUCCUAAAACUUCCUGAUUUUCAUUGUUUAUUUUGUUGUGUUUUCCUUUGUGUUCCUCUGCUUCUGCAAAAUCAUUUCUUCAAUCAAAGACAAUAAAAAAAAAGAAGGGGGAAAAAAAGAAAAAAACAAAAACAGAGCAGUAACCGGGGUUCAAGAACUUGAUUAGAACGUCAAGUUUUUGACGAAGAAGAAGAAUAAUUGCGAUGUAUCUGAGUUUUACGUAUACGAUGGUGAUUGAUUCUAUUGCCCCAUUCGAUACGCAAUUUGUCACGUUGUAGAUACACCCCCCCCCCCCCCCCCCCCCCCCUUUCCUCUGUUUCACUCUGUUUUUUCGCUGGCUUGGUUUUUCUUGUUUCUUAUUUUCCUGGAAAAAUGACGGAAAUGGCGGAAAAUCCAAAGUUGGUUCACGGAUUGGAUGAAAAACUGGGUACCGAGAAAAUCUCUGUUUCCGAUCACAUAAACGGUUUUGACUACAACACGGAUAAAUCUGAUAGCUUUGUUAUUGACAUGGGAAGCUUCUCCAAUGGCGCCAAUAAAGAUGCCACUGCAAAUUCAAGAAUCACAAGAAGUUUUUCCAGGAAAGGGUCUCAGCGUGUUUCGGAGAAGAAGCUUAAUUCUCAUUCAAAUGCUAAUGAUAAAGAUUCUACCAUUGCUAUACCAACAUCAAGAGGUGCACUUGUAGGUUCUAGCACGCCAGAAAAGGCUGCUGCGGUGGCGGUAGGGACUGUGGAUAAUUUGAGCAGCAGCAGCCCACAAACCCAUCAUCAGAUCACCAUCACAGCCGGCAACAUUAGCACCAGCACUGAUGGCAGAUGCGUGGUUCGGAGAAAUAGUUUCCGGCGUUCUUCUUCAUGGGGUCUUGAACCUAAGAAGGUUCUUUUAUUUUUCGCCACCUUGUCGAGCAUGGGAUCAAUCUUACUUAUCUACUUCACUCUUUCAAUGAGCAAGUACAGUGCAGAUGAAAAUGGACUUGAUUGGCAGCAAUGAAAAUAUGACUAAACGACUUUGUUUUAAACUAACUGGCUUUCUUCUGAGACAGAAAAACGCAAGAGGGAAAAGUUGGAUUCAGAGGAUAAGUUUUGAGUGAAUUGAAAAAAGCUAACCCAUCUUAUCUUUCAUCACAAAUAUUGACACAAUUGGUACAGCAAUCCCAAAACCCUUUUUAAGCCCUUUUAGAAAAUAUUAUAGGAAAUUAGAAACCUAGAGACAAAGACAUACUGCAAUGUGACAAAGAGAAGGAAUCUUCUUUCUUUUUAAUUUGUAGAUGGAUGAUAUCAAUACACACAUGAUGUGUUUAUCUUUUGUAAUAUUUGGGUGAUUCUACACAAAGCUUAGUGGAAGAUCAGAAGGUUUUACUUUUUGCUCUC